AUGAAGAUCGACGAGUGGGAAAAGAGCAGUAGGGUUUUUGGAGGUACAGUUGUUGCAGAGGCAACAUGUGAAGCAGAUUCCGAUGCGGAUAGCAUUGGCGAUGAGAUAGAUGGAGAUGUGAAGAGAGGUGGAGUCUGCAAUUUUAUUUUUAAUGGACUUUCGUAUCUUUUCAUUUGGGUGAAUUCUCAAUUUCAACCAAAAAAGACUCGAAGAUGGAAUUCGUCCUUGCAAAGGCUGCUGUUGGAAAAGUUUGUGAGAUGGCCAUCCAACAAGUGGAUAAUGAGGUUUAAAGAAAUCAAUUGUGCUUUAAAUGAAGCCAAUGAAGAGAGCACUGGACAAAAGGAGUCUCUGAAAAACUGGCUUCUCAGAGUUCGGGACAUUGCCUGGGAGGCAGAGGACAUACUUCAAGAAUGCGCUGUGGAUUCUUUGUAUGCCACUAAUACUCAGUUUUCUGCUUUGCUUCCUCGCCUAAAAAUGGGUAGAAGAAUUCAAAAGCUCAAAGCCCGGUUGAGCUCUGUUGUUCAAGAUGGAAACCAACUGAAUAUAGUUCGUGCUGCUGUGGCUCACAAAGAAGAAGAAGCAGAAGAAUCAUCAAUUAGAUCCCAAGGACAACGGUUUAUGAGAUCAAGUCUCCUGCCUAGCGAUUCGAAACCAGUGGGGAUAGAGUCCAAGAUGGAAAGCAUGGUGAAUUUGUUGGUAAACCCCCAUAUUCCAAUUAUUGCAGUGGCUGGAAUGGGGGGCAUAGGAAAGACCUAUCUUCUUCAGAAUCUCUACGACGCCAUAAAGGGAAGGUAUGAGAUAUCUGCAUGGAUUUCUGUUUCUCAAUUCUAUUCUCUUUCCCAGUUGCAGCGUGAUUUAGCUUUUCAAUUAGAUGAAGAGUUGAGUAAGAAAAUUAGCGUGGGUGGAGUGAGUGAAGGGCCAGCAGCACAGUCGAUUCAUGGGAUUUUGCUAGGGAAAAGAUAUCUUAUUGUGUUAGAUGAUGUCUGGAGGGCUACUAGAGAGGGUGACUUGCUAACCAAACUUGGCAUACCAACUAGAGAUAUUGGGGAAUCCAAAAUUCUGUUUACCACAAGAAGCAGAGAGGUCUGCGAAAAUCUCAAUGCUCCUGUUUAUCAGAUGGAAUGUUUGACAGAUGAAGAGAGUUGGAGUUUGUUUUGUGCUUAUGCGUUUCCUGGAUCUAAGGGAAACAGGGCACAACAGCACCUGGAAAAGGUCACGCAUAACAUUGUGAAGGAAUGUGGAAAUUUGCCACUUGCAAUCAAAACUACAGCAGCAUCUCUGAGCAGCACUACACAGCCAAGGGACUGGCAAUCCAAGUUCAGUAAGGUGAAAAACGUAGGGACUUCCAAAGACGACCUCAUGGAUAUUCUCAAAUUGAGUUACUACUCCCUGCCUGCACAUCUAAAGGCUUGUUUUGCUUAUCUUUCCUUCUUUCCUGAGGAUGAGAUAAUAGAGUGUGAGUAUCUCAUAUAUCUAUGGAAGGGAGAAGGAUUCAUUCCGGCAGGAGAGGACCCCUGGGAUUGUAUGAAUCGGCUUGCCAAUCUCUGUCUGGUUGAAGUAUGGGAAGACACAUAUCUGAAGAAAUAUUGUAAAAUCCACAAUUUAUUGCUUGAUUUGGUCAUACUUGUAUCCAGAGAAAAUAAGUGUGCUUUCAGUGUUGAAGAAGCCUUCAACAAAUUGCAAUCUGUGAAUACAGAUGGUAGUCGCUGGUGUCGCCUAUUUUUGGCGAAGAAAGAUAUUGAUAAGCAUGCCAUCUCAGAGAGGCGUCCUGUUUCUCCCACACUUGUCCGCACACUAUCACUCUCAUAA